AUGAGUGGGAGAUUUCCCUUACCCGAGUAUCCGGACAAUAAUACAGAUGAUUGGAUUCCUGAUUAUCCACCUUCCGACUUUCCCUGUCUGGAACUCCGAACCGAUCGCGUUAAUGCCAAGGUAGCCAUCCCUCGCAACGCACCUUCGAGUAAUUUAACUGCCAGUGGUCGGACUAGUCGAGCAUGUGAAAAUUGCCGGGAACAAAAGGCCAAAUGUAGUGGCCAUCGCCCGGUUUGCCAUCGAUGCCAGGAUGCCGGGGUGCAGUGUUCGUAUGGCGACCGGAAAAAGGAGAAGACGGUGAAACAGUUGAACGAUCUGUCCAUCAAAGUGGGAUCUCUCCAGGCCUUGCUGCGUGACAUUUACCAUACACUCGAUGCUUCGUCAGCACACCAAGUCGAUCAAUGCCUGGAAGAUCUAAACCUACGCACUCCUCUUCUUCCCACUUCCACCCUUGCAAUAUCCCAACCACUUCUCUCCGAUGUAAUCGCUUGCCCGGUGGUCACUCCACCUGGGGUGGUAGACUACACCGAGGAGGACUUCAAUCGUGAUGAAAAUGCACAGGCGAUGGGAUUUGUGGGCGAUUAUUCAGAGAUCGCAUGGUUGUACAGACUCAAACGCGACCUCGAUCAUGACACUUCCUUGCCAACCAAAGAGCCCCCUGAACCUCCUGCUAUGUCAUCCGUGAACUACUUCCAAGACGACGCCGAAAUCCCUGUCCACAACAACCUCGACCUUGCACGCCGACCACCUCAACACAUUGCUGACAGGCUCGUGGAAGACUAUUUCCAUGCAGUUCAUCCCCUGUUCCCCAUCCUGGGGAAAGCCAUUUUCCUAAAUCAAUACCGAUCUUUCUAUUCGGACCCGAGCCGCCGACCUGGGAGGCGCUGGCUGGCUGUCAUGAACAUGGUGUUUGCCAUUGCCACCAGAUACGGGCUCCUCACAAACAAGCCCCAAGUGGACCACGGGGACCACUCGGAGUAUUUUGCCCGAGCCUGGAAGUUGGGUGGAAGUGGAAGCAAUGUACUGCUCGAUCAUACAAACCUGCAACAAACACAGGUCGAGAGCCUUGCGGCAUUUUACCUCUUGUCGAUUGGGCAAAUAAACCGGUCGUGGCGAUUCACUGGGAUUGCGAUCCGCUCAGCGAUGGCAAUGGGAUUAAAUCUUCGGAGUGAAACUGAAAGCAUCACACAUUCUUCGCGAGAGCUCCGGUAUCGAGUUUGGUGGGCGUUGAUUCUGCUGGAUACGGUAUUAUGUGAGGUUACGGGUCGUCCGCCCAGCACAGGGCACGCUUUUUGCACGACACCACUCCCGAUCCCAUUUCUUGAGGAGGAUAUCGAGGAUGAGCGUGUUUUGCAGCUGGUCUCCAGUCUAGGGGCACGAAGCGCCUUUCUCUCAUCCUUGCUGUCAGAUCCUCCCGUUCUAUUAUCCAAAGAAGGCCCCGGACAGCUGCGAAACAGGGAUAAUCAAAAACAACCCGAAGAAAAGUCUGGCCAGUUAGGCCUUGAUAUUUUGACGCCGAAUGCCUCUCUAUACUUUCUAUAUGCAGUGGAUCUAGCUCACCUCUUGCAAAGGGCUGUUGCUGCCAUUCAUGUCCCUAGUUUGACGCGGCAAUCAUGGUACGAGGUUGAAGCAGCAAUUUCCACUUUCAAUGGCCAUGUCGAUAACUGGCUUUCUCGUCUCCCGGUGCAAUUUCAACCUACUUCCUCAUACCCGGUCCAGGAAUUCCUGGAACAGCGUGUCGGCCUGGCGUGCCGGUUCUAUGCCGCCAAAAUGAUCAUUCUGCAACCUUGCAUUCGCCGCCUUGUACAAAUGCCUUUGGAAGCAAGUACCCCGGGAACAGUGUGUGACAACCUGGCUGCAAUUUGUGUCCAGUCAGCCGGCCAAAUGAUUGACCUGUUACCUGAAAUUGGAAACACAGAUUCGCUUUACGGUGUCGCCCCUUGGUGGUGCAUCCUGCACAAUAUCAUGCAGGCCACAAGCAUUUUGUUGACUGAGCUUUUGACCCGCACAAUUCCACAUACCGCUCAGGCUUCUAACGUGGCUUCUAAGCUAAAGAAAGCCAUUGAAUGGCUACAUGCAAUGUCUGCCAAAGAGGAAGCCUCGCGCUGCGCCUGGGUCAUCUGCACUGAGAUUCUCUCGCGUCAUGGGUCGAAGUUUGAGCUCGACUUCGUCUAG